CUUACACAAUGUAAUAUGAUAAUUAUACUUAAAUAAAACUGGAAAAAAUAAAAUAAGGGAAUAUUUCACAAAUCUCUUUCCUCACCAAGAGGGAGAACUUUACUAUGUAUUUGAACAUAUACAUAGAUUUUUUUAAAAGAUCAAAAGCGCUCCUCAACUCCCUCCUGUUAAAUUCUGUAGCUUAAUACUUCAGUUCAAGUAUCUGGCACAGCACCAUCCACCUUACGAAAGUUAUAUAAAUUCUUUCUGUCUAAUCAUAAUUUUGGGAGAACUUAGUGUGAAGAAAAUUCUCUUCACGCCUUCAAACACCAAAAGCUUGCAAUGAAUAAAUAAUUCUGGAUGAUUGUGCAUCUUAAGAUAUCAAUAUUCAUGACUGAAAAAGUGCUGCUACCAUUUAAAAAACAAAAACAUUUCUACUUUACAGAAACAAUGAUUAUAAAAUAAGCAAGUUCAGGUCAUAACCCAAAAAAUUCUUUUUGCGCACUGAGUGCUAUGGACAUAGGGAAUAGUAAGUUAUGAACAAGAGUUGUCUCAUUAGAGAUGGCUCUAAACCAAUAAUAGAAGAAAAAUGUUGUUAAAUAUCUGAUCUAAGUACAUAGAUACUCAUAUGCAUGUGCACCCACAUGCACAUAUAAGUAAUAAAAACAAAGGAGUCCAAGAGUUUGUCAUCUCUCUCAGCAACGCCUUACUUAGAAGCAAGAAAAUUUCAACCAUCAUGUCAACUUCCAGGGACAUCUGCUAAAAACAGUUUGAAAUAACCUGAAGAUGGGAAGGUAGCUUCUAGAACUUUGGCAUUUCGCCAAAUGCCCCACCAUCUCUGCUCCAGGACCUCUUCACCAUGAAAUGGUAAUUUAUUUAUCACUGUCAUACUAAAAGCACAGAGCUGACCCAGGAGAGAAAUCUUUUUACAAAAAAAAAAGGGAAGAACCCUUUUCAAGCCAUUGAAUGAGUCAAUAGGAAAGAGAAUGAGAAUUCAGAUGUCAUAACUCUGAUACUGAUAGAUAAGAGAGUCCAAAACUUGCAGACAGACAAAAAAAAAUGAAUAAAAUUGAAUGAAAGGAAUAUGAAGAAAAGCAAAAACCUCAUGCUUCAGCUAAGCUGGUGUUGCUGUAGUGUUUGCACCAUCAUAACAGUAACCUGUCUAUAGAACAAAAUUAACAUCUGCUCUAAGAAUUAGCAUGAGCUAAUCUGAUCACCACUGUAGAAACUGGGUCCCAAAGGCCAAUUAAUGGGCUCCUGAGGGAACGAACCACUUGGGAUAUGAUGGACAAUCUUCCCUCAUGAAUUCCCACUUUUGGAAUUCUUAGGAGACUAUAUACCUUUGGAAAAACAAGACAUAGGUUACAAAGCAACAAACAUAUGUCUCUGUUAUGCAGCAAAUACACCAAUUUCUCUCCAAGCCAAUAUCAGUGUCCAAAUGUAAGCCCCCCUCUGGGUUGCUGGCUGCCAAGGAUGCCAUGCCCUCCAUCUUGCCUGCCUUUUGUUGCAGUGAAAACCGAAGAUUACAUGUCAGACCUACCAGUUUUAUGAGGAGAUGGAUUCAGAAGAGAUACAAGUAUAGGACAGCUCUGAGGUGUGCCUGUUUGCUUUGCCUUAUUUUGUGCGGCUAUAAAUACAAUAGCACUUCAUCUUACAUGAAUUAAUGUAAGAAGAUUCAUUUUACAACUAGGAGGGCUAGGAAUCAGGGAAAUGAGAGAGAGGAAGAUGAGGAAGGAGCCCCAGUAGUACGUAAAUUCUGUCCUUGUUAAUCAGGAGGUGCACCCAGUCAGAACCAGGUCUUUGGGGGAACAGUAUGUUAGCGAAGUGACAUCUAGAAAUGGCUGAAAAAGCGGCUAUGAGGAGCAGGGCAGAAAAAAACUUCAGCUCUCCCUAUUUUUAGCCAUGUUUGGCUCUGCCACAGAGCAGACGAUCGGCCAUUCCAAAGAGGGAGAACAACAAGAUGACAGAGCACUCCAGAUUGGUGAGUUCACUCCCACGUGGUUUACAAAACCAUUUGCAUCUUCAUAUACAUUAGUCCCCAAAUAUUUCUUGCUGUUUUCACUCUUUCCUCACGGUUUCUUGGGCUUCUGGGUUACACUGAACUCCUGCUACAGAAAGAUUACUCACAGCUUUGCUGUGCCAAACAUGAUCUAUUCAUAGACUGAAGAGGAGGCUUACAGUUAAGUGUGACAUGGAAAAUUGUGAAUUUCUUUCAUCUUUCGUGUCACUAAUUGCAAUUAUCAAGAGCAUCCUUAAAUCUAUGACAUCAUGUGAUCUGGACAGUAACACAUUUUCAAUAAAUUAAUGAAUAUUCUUAGCUAGAAUACUUUUAUUAAAAGUGUCUGAGUCUGCAUUCUGCACUUAUAUUUUCCUGAAUAAAUUCUGUCACUCGAUCAUGUCACUUUGGGUCAUUUAGGUCCAAAUGAUGACUGUUCCUCACUAAUGGAGGAGGUCCUAAAAUAAAUUACUAAAUUAAGACCAAAUUACUGACAACAGAAUUGUAGGUUACUUUAUUGUCUUUGUUUUGCUUUUCUCACCAUGGAAGUCACACAAUGUCCAAGACUAAGUCUAACUCAGAGAAGGAAGUUUUCACAAAUAUUCUCUGUCCACUUCCCAAACCUACUCCAAUCUUCCACAUCUAUAACAGGAUGGGGGCAACACCCAUAAACCAGAAGAAUAGAGGCCUUUCUAGGAAUCCUGACAUCUCAGGCGAAAGUCCUUAAUUAAUAUGCCAGACCCACUGCUCACUUUUUCUGUAUUUUUCUAGUAUUAACCUAGACCAAGAUUUUACAGAAGUAUUUUAAUCCAACUGGUAAAAGACAGAACCAAAUUGAAAGCCAUUAUGUAGAUAUCCGGACUUUUAAAGUUUCCUUGAGUUAACAAACCAUAAUGAACACUGAAGAAAUUAUGGCACAUUUGACACUUUUUGUCUAGAUUAUCAGACGACCUUAAGACACCAAUACUUAUAAUUCCAACACUGAUGUAGAAUAAAAGUGAAAUGCAUAAACGUUUCAGUGUGUUAUUUGUUACCUUCCUCCCUCUCCUCUUCAGAUGCCUAAUAUUUGUGUCUCUAAUUCCAAAGAUACAAGUAUUUGAAACUCUGUGUUCAAUAUUAAGGUUCUCUGUAUCUUAUUCCACAGAUGCAAAUACACGAUUUUCAUAUCUACUUACAUUUGUAAGUACUGCCAUUAACUUUCUCCAAUUGCUUAUUACAUAAGAGCCUGUCUUUUACUGGAUUGGAGAAAAUACUGAAAGAGGAAAGAGAGAGUACGAAGAUUCAAAGUCUGAUAACAUCCAGCACUCUCAAAGUUUGGCAAUCUUCAGCAAUAUAGUUACAUUAUUUAUUUAAUAGAAUAAUAGAAUCUGAGGGACUUAGGCAUCUCUAAAUAAAAAUAUUCCUGAGCAUUAGGGAAUAACGUCAUUUUUGUCUUUGUCAUUUUUUCCUCUUCACCCCUUAGGAAGCUAUGAAUGUGUCAGGAGUCAAUACGGUGACUGAAUUCAUACUCCUGAGUUUUCCCUGCUCCAGAGAGGUUCAGGUCCUCCUCUUCGUGCUUUUCUCUGUGUCCUACAUCCUGACACUGAUGGGGAAUGGGGCCAUUGUCUGUGCAGUGAAGCUGGAUCGCAGACUCCACACCCCCAUGUAUAUUCUGCUGGCCAACUUCUCAUUCCUGGAGAUCUGUUACAUCAACACCACUGUUCCCAAUAUGUUAAGGAACUUCCUAUCUGAGACCAAAACCAUCUCUUUCACUGCCUGCUUCCUCCAGUUCUACUUCUUCUUUUCCAUGGGCAUUACUGAGACCUUUUUACUGCCCCUCAUGGCUUUUGAUCGGUACUUGGCCAUCUGUCAGCCUCUUUACUAUCCUACUAUCAUGAGCAGUCAUCUCUGCACAAACUUGGUGGUCCUCUGCUGGGUAAUGGGCUUUCUCUGCUAUCCGGUCCCUAUCUAUUUUAUCACACAACUCCCCUUUUGUGGCCCCAAUACCAUUGACCACUUUGUUUGUGACCCUGGUCCUCUUCUGGCCCUGUCCUGCAUCCCUGCCCCUGGAAUUGAGCUUUCCUGUUCUAUACUGAGCUCUCUUAUUAUCUUCAUCACCUUCUUUUUCAUCCUUUGGUCCUACAUCCUGGUCCUCAGGGCAGUGUUGCAUGCUCCUUCAGCAGCUGGCAGACGUAAGGCCUUCUCCACUUGUGGUUCCCACCUGGCUGUAGUGUCUCUAUUCUAUGGAACCAUCAUGAUCAUGUACAUCAGCCCAACCUCUGGAAAUCCAGCUGGCAUACAGAAGAUUGUAACCUUGUUGUACUCAUCAGUGACCCCACUUGUAAACCCACUGAUCUACAGUCUCCGAAACAAGGACAUGAAGGCUGCCUUGAGAAAAAUUCAGGUGUGCACAAAAAUUAGUCAAAGUAAAUGAGAGCUUAUGAAUCGGCCAAGAUUAGAAUUAUUAUUUUUCCCCAUUUCUAUUCCCACUUAAACAAUAGGUCUUUAUUCAUUUGCACCCUGACAUGCAGACCCAAAUUCAUCCAUUUAUGCCAGGUCAAUAAUGAACAACAGUACAUCAAUUAAACUAGACCUUGCCUUCAGUCGGGACUUAAUAGAUAGUAACUUGAAUUGAAUGCCCCCGAUUUCUGAAUUUUAGCCUACCUUGACCUCCAAUAACUGCUUAUCCUUUUUUCUGUGAUCACUUACGUGUUCCCUGAAUUCACGCUUUUUUGACCUCUACUAAGUAUCUCCAUUCUCACCCUUGGUUUUUCUGACCAAAUGAUCUCUGCUCUGCUCCUGGUAGAAAAGAAGAAUAUUCAUCCCUUUCUAGCUCAUAUUAAAAGAAAUUAGUGCCAAUUAAUAAAUCAUAACUGAGCCAAAAUUUUUAUUUAAUUGGUAUCCAAAUGACUAAUAAUGAUCUAAAACACUGUCUCUCAAAACUUUCUGUUUCAUAAUUAUUUGAGGAGCUCUUAAAAAAAGCAGAUUCCUAGGCCUUUCUCCAAAUCUCCUAAAUCACAAUCUUUGAAGUAGACUCCAGAAAUUUCUAUUUUAAUGUUACUCAGGUAAUUCUGAUGCAUCAAGACCAGCACCAGUCCACAGACUGAUCUUAUAGAGUCACUAUUUUAAAUAGAUAUAUGACAUAAACAAAGAAAUAAAAAUCUUAUAUUAGUUAAGAAAAGUGAAAGAAGUUACAGUGAGUACUAUAAGUGACUGAAAAACUCACGAGAACAGCAGAAGUUUCUUUUUUUCCUCAGUUUUCAAAUUCUACACUUAUAAAAUAAGAAAUAGAUUACAUUCAUCUUAACUUUUCCUACUUGUGAAAGAUAAUUAAGAUACUUGGAAAUAGGUUUACAUUUUGAAAGAAUAUUGGCAUGUAGUGGCACUAAAAUUUGGAUUUAGUUUUACAUGAGGGAAGAUUGAGUUGAGCACACAGCCCCACAGAGGUAAAAACAGACAGAGGGCAAUCGCUGGUGAUUCUAAUAUACUGAGAUGAAGACAGACGCAGAGGAAUUUGAUGGCAGCCCAGGUGAUGGGCCCAACAAUUUGCUCAAAAGUAAAUUGGUUGGUUGGCAUCUGAAGUGAAUACAUUUCAUUCAUUCAUUCAAUAAACACUUUUCACCUCUAUGAUGUGCCCUGAAUUACAUUAAUGUAAAAGAUAAAGUCCCUGCCUCUGUGAAACUUACAUUCUAGUGAGGGAGGCAGAUAAUAAGCAGGUAAACACAUAAAUCUAUAAUUCCAGUAGUCAUGAGUAGUCUAAAGAGAAUAAAGGAGAAAGAAAGAAAUUCUAACCAUGUGUGGUGAUGCAUGUUAACUAGAUGCGAAGGAUGUGAUCAUUUUGCAAUAUAUACAUAUAUCAAAUCAUUAUGUUGCACAUCUGAAACUAAUAUAAAGUUAGCUGUCAAUUUAUCUCAAUAAAACAAAAAAUUAAGAGUAUGAAUAUAGAAAAUGUUGUGGUAAGAUAAGGAAUAAUUUAGACAGAUGGUCAUAGAAUGCCUUUGUAAGGAGGUGAUAUUUCAAAGCAAGAGAAUGUGCCAUGCCAAGAUCUAGGGGAAUAAAUCCCAUGUAAAUACAGGUAAAAGUUUGGGGUUUUCAAAGAACAGGAAAAGGUUGACUGCGCUAUCCAGAAGGAAAAUUAUAUAUGAAGCUCAAGAGGUAGGCAGGAUCAGAUCACCUAGAACCUUCUAGGCCACAAUAAAGAAUGCUUCACAAUGACAAACAUACACAUAGAAACAGAGAUUGGAUUGGUGGUUACCAGAGGGGAAAAGGGGUGGGAGGAGGGUGAAA